GUGUUGGGGGGGGGGCGGUCGGGAAUCCUUUUACACGCUCCCUUCUCAACCGGUCCUGGGCGGUUCGGACCCCUGUGAAACCAGUGAUUACGACCCCGAAUUCGGGAGGAGGAGGCGCCGCCGGCAGCGCGAGAGAGCAGAGCAGAGGAGAGCAGCUUUCAGCGAGAGACGCUUCUCUGACUUCCACGGCCUCUCUUCGCCCCCCUCCCCGCCCCAGGCAUGGACCCUUCGCGCUGCCGGCAACCCUGGGGCCCGCUGCUCCUCGCCCUCCUCCUGCUGCCGCCCUCCGGCCGGGCACAAGACUCAUCGGUGGAGACCUGCUGCUCCCGUGGCUAUGAAUGGGCCAGUCAGAAGAAAGACUGCAGGCUUCUCUCUUCCGGUCUGGACUCCAAGGAAUGCAGGAUAGCCCAGGAAGAGUGCUGCCUCAGUCAGCUGGAGGUGCUGCAUUGCACGACCGGAAUGGCCCUUGCUAGUAAGCAGGAAGACUGCGACUCGCCAAGGCACAACGCCACCUGUGAGGACAAGAUCAUUAAGAAAUGCUGUCACUGCUGCUUUUUGGGGAAAGAGGCCCAGAAACAAGGCAAUAGCUGUGAGCAGAGCCUCUUAAUGGGCUAUCAGUGUGGACUGGUGUUCAGAGCUUGCUGUGUCGAAGGGCAUGAAAACUCGGAUGCUGGGAUUGUUGACGGUCCUAACAAAGAACUGGUGGAAAUUAACCUUGAGGAUCAUUACCUGAAUGACCGUUGCAGAGGCGGAGGACCUUGUACCCAGCAGUGUAGGGACACAGGAACUAGUGUCCUCUGCUCUUGCUUCAUGGGUUACCAGCUUCAGCCAGAUGGCUUCACUUGUGAAGACAUUAAUGAGUGCAUCACUUCUGCCAACGCCUGCAGCCUCGGGCAGGUCUGUGUCAACACUGUGGGCUCUUUCCGUUGCCAGCGGGAGACGAGCUGUGGGACGGGUUAUGAGCUGACAGAGCACAAUCUCUGCAAAGAUAUUGACGAAUGUGAGACUGGUAUUCAUAACUGCCUCCCCGAUUUUAUCUGUCAGAAUACGCCAGGAUCAUUCCGUUGCCGGCCCAAACAACAGUGUAAGAUCGGCUUUAUACAAGAUGCUCUCGGCAACUGUAUCGAUAUUAAUGAAUGUUUGACUCUUGCUGCUCCUUGUCCUGCUGGGCAGGCCUGCGUCAACACCGACGGCUCCUUUGCUUGCCAGAGAAAUGUCCCAAACUGUGGCAGAGGCUACCACCUGAACGAGGAGAAGACCAGAUGUGUUGAUGUAGACGAGUGUUCGGGGUCCCCCGAACCUUGCGGGGAGGGUCACAUCUGCAUCAACUCCCCUGGGAGCUACCGUUGCCAGUGCCGGCUGGGCUACUAUUUUGAUGGGUUCAGCAGAACGUGCACAGAUAUUAAUGAAUGUCGCAGAUACCCUGGUCGGCUCUGUGCUCAUAAGUGUGAAAAUACUGCUGGGUCAUAUUAUUGUAGCUGUACAAUGGGAUUCAAACUUUCAUCUGAUGGGAGAUCUUGUGAAGACUUAAAUGAGUGCGAAAGCAGCCCCUGCAGCCAGGAGUGUGCCAACGUCUAUGGCUCCUACCAGUGCUAUUGCCGUCGUGGCUACCAGCUCAGUGACAUAGAUGGGGUCACCUGUGAAGAUAUUGACGAGUGUGCUUUACCCACGGGGGGACACAUCUGUGCUUAUCGGUGCAUCAAUGUGGCGGGCAGUUUUCAGUGUACCUGCCCCCCUUCAGGUUACAAGUUGGCCCCCAAUGCACGGAACUGUCAGGAUAUUGACGAAUGUCUUACUGAAACUCAUACCUGUUCCCACAACCAGACCUGCUUUAAUAUCCAGGGAGGGUUUCGCUGCCUUUCUCUGCAAUGCCCGGAGAACUAUCGCAAAUCUGGAGACACAGUCAGACAUGAGAAGACAGAUACCAUUCGCUGCAUUAAAUCCUGUCGAUCAAAUGAUGCUAACUGUGUCUUAGACCCUGUUCACACGAUUUCCCACACUGUUAUCUCUCUGCCCACUUUCCGGGAAUUUACGAGACCAGAAGAGAUUAUUUUCCUUCGUGCCAUUACGCCAGCAUACCCGACCAAUGAGGCUGACAUCAUAUUCGAUAUAACUGAAGGAAAUUUACGGGAUUCUUUUGACAUCAUCAAGCGCUAUGCAGAUGGCAUGACUGUGGGGGUCGUUCGACAAGUGAAACCCAUCAUCGGUCCUUUUCAUGCCAUCCUGAAGUUGGAGAUGAACUACGUUGUUGGAGGGGUUGUCUCACAUCGUAAUGUUGUCAACGUGCACAUCUUUGUUUCAGAAUAUUGGUUCUGAUGGGCUAUUUAAUGAAGAGAAGAGAGCGGAACUCUACCACAAAUUGUCCAAAAGCUCUGUAUUCACGGUUGGGGGAGGAUGUGGAGAAAAAGGACCAGGUAGCUUUCUUUUCCAAGGAUGUAUCUGGUUGCUAGCUUAGUUGCAGGACAAAUAGCAAACUAUCUAAAAUAGAAGUAGGAUAUCAAUACCUGUAAAUUCACGGUAGUUACAUUGUGUUGUAUAUACAGUAUGACCACAUUUUGCGUCUGGUGGCCUUGAACCUCUUGGUGAGUUUUAAUCUCAGCUAUUUUGUUAAGUGCUUGAGACUGUAUUUUGCAGAUCUGAAUCUUGCUGUCUUUGAUGUUUCCACCUCCUUGAACUUUUUACCUGGCUAUGAUUUCUUUUUUAAAUUGUAGAAAUUUUUUAAAAAUCUCUUGGCCAUCUGGAAUCAGAACUAACUCCAUCACAUAGGAUUUCUUCCUACCAGCAUUGAACCCCCUACUUCCAGUCACCCACAGUAGUAAGUCCAAGGGAUUGCUUAAUAAUAUUUCAGGUCCCUAUGUGCUUUUUUUUGUUUUUAACUGAAAAUGUCAUUAAGGGGACACUGGACAACAAGGGAAGAGUAUGGUGGAAAACUGAGUCCUCUAUUGCCCGAGAUCUUCAGCAUGCAAUACAAAACGCAUGUAUGUCUCCAAGAAAACCCUGGCUUGUUGACGGUAUUAGUAUUCCCGCCCAGGAGGUUUGCUUCUCAAAGAGGACGCAGAGUCUUCAGCUCACAUAAGGGACUCCUUUGCUUCUCUUUAAAAAUUAAUCUUCCUUGACAUUUUAGGUGUGGAAAAUGCUUUGAAAGCAUUUUGGAAGCCCACACAUAUAUAUGACUUCCUUCUUUUCUGCAAUAAAACAACUUACCUGA